GGGGGGGGGGGGACAACACCCGUCAGCUCCCCCCCUCCCUCCGCCACUGGAUCAUCCAGGGCAGCAGCCUUUCACCUUCAAAAUCGGCAAGGGCAGCGUUAUCAAAGGAUGGGAUGAGGGUGUGCUAGGAAUGCAAGUGGGAGAAGUUGCUCGAUUCGGCCUAAAUUAGACUUGGAUCUGGGAUGAGCAUUUCUAUAUCUGUAGCUGAAUCGGUAUGGCAGGAGAUCGAAUCCACGCAUUCAGUGACAGACGAUCACCUCUCCAUAUUGCAUUUUGUGUUUGGUAAAAAUUUCGAGAGAGCAACAAGGAUCGUAGAUGAGAGAGGCGUGAAGAGAAUUUCCGGUGAACCUAGCGGUCACUUUGUUUUUCAGGUUGUAGGAGAAUCAAAGAGGAAGGAGCAAUAUCUAUGCUUUGCCGAGCACUAUUGUGCUUGCUAUUCGUUCUUCUACGACGUUGUGAACAGAGGAGAACAGCUUUGUUGUAAGCAUCAGUUAGCAGCCAGACUUGCUGCCUCCAUUGGAACCUGCAUCGAUGUCAAGAUUCCCGACGAAGAAUUAGCCUUGCUCUUGUCCAGGAUCUAACAUCUCCAAUGGCUUCAUUGCCUCAGUGAGGUUUGGGGUUCCAAAAUGAUAUGAACCAGAACUAGGCAAGUGGAUGAAACUUGUGAAGAACUCUUUCUUGAUCCACAACGAAUUUGGCGGCCCAAGAUUUGUUGUUCUUGUUAAAUUUAGCUUAGAUAUAGCCAUACAAGGAUCCUUCCUCUAGCAAUUUUAGCUGCGUAAUGGGCCUUAUAGUUGCUGGGUAGAUACCUGGGCAAAUAAUGCCAGUUUGAAUAAAAGUCUUAGGAAGUUAUGAAAAGAAGUUUGAUAUUUAUUGUGAUGAUCUGUAAAAUAACUCCGAGUCGUUAAUCAAAGGGGCCCUUUUGGAGUA